GUCGGGCCGGCGACUUCGAGUCGAGCGGGCGCUCCAUCACGUGUUGACAGUAGACCUUUUUCGUUCUCGAAAUCUUUGAUUCUGCUCGACGAGAUUUUCUUGUUUUCGGUGCGAGGAUGACUCCUUAGGUCACUCUGACGCAAUCAGAAUCUCUUGCCUCCGCCUCGGAUUCAUGACACUACUCUUCAACGCAUUCGAGUUCCCCCUGUCCGUUUGAAUCGUACGAGAACGCGAUGACUCCCGAGCCGGAAGAGGACUUCAUGAUCGACUCUGUCCUGAGAUUCAUAGUCCGCGAUUUAGAGCUGAUUUCGCGACCUCCGCCGACGGAUUUGAUCUAUCCCGAUUGUGAGCUGUGCAACCAGUGCGAUUUUCGAGAAUGCCUCGGAUCCUCCGCUCGCCGGGCCGAGUCCCCAUGGUCAGAGGGCGUCGUCAAAACCCAUCCGGAGGAAACUCCGUCCGAGAAUGACGGCUUCGAACUCGUCGGGACCAACAAAAUCGAUACCAAGGAUUAUUGUGGAAAUCCGCCUCUGAGACCGGAUACUGGUCCGAAAGCGCGCGGAUGCGCGCUGUGUGGACGUAGUUUCGACAAUCAGGGCGAAUUGAGGCGACACCUAAGAUUUGUUCAUCCGAAUCACCGACCUCAUUCUUGCGGUGUCUGUUCGCAAAACUUCAUAGAACGAGGUCAUCUGAAACGUCACCUAUCACUGUUCCACACAAAGAGAGCCACCUUCAGAUGCCAAGUUUGCGACAAGAAGUUCAGACGCCGCAUAGUUCAGGAGAAAGCUCUAUCUGCUAGCGAGGAGCGCGCUCGCGCUGUGUGCUUCCCUUGCAGGAAGCACUUAUCGGAUCGCCUCCCCGACCCGAUCCCGCCCGUCGGUCGGACGUCAGUUCGCGAAACACUGCAUCGCUGUCAAUGCGGUCGAAGUUAUACGAGGAAGGACUCGUUCCGGAGACACUCCAAACGUUGCACCGUAAUACCAAAACCCAUCGGUGUUCGGACAUCACCGCGGUUCCUCACUUUCGCGGAGAAAGAAUUUCUCGCUUUGGAGAUGAACCGCGGAUCAGGCACGAAAUAAGCAAAUCGACUUAUUCUGUCGGCCCAGAAUCGACAUCCAUAUCUCGGGAUAUCCAAUCGGGAUGGACAGAUUCAAUGAUGCACGAGCUGUUAUCAGUGAUGGAAUAAAUCCUCUCUUUUUUU